CAGUGGCGGCUGGCCUCCUCGGCUCCAGUUCUCCGAUUGCCUCGCCAGUCAACGCGAGAAUGUCGAGCUGGUCGAUACGGUUGUUGUGCUUGGUCCUGGCGGUCCUGUCGGUCCUGCAGCUCCUUGGGAGCAGUGUCCAGGCGGUGGACCUCGACAGUCUGGAUCCCUCGCUCCUCAAGAACGUGGACGUGGACAAGCUGAAGGAGAGCUACCUGCCGGAGGGACUGAGGAAUGCCACCAUCACUUUGGAGGAUCUUCAGGAGCUCCUCCGCUCCAAGUGCGCUCGUGCUAAUCCUGGCAAGGAUGUAGAUGCCUCAGCCCUUAGUGGAGCUAUUGAGACGGCGGCCACCAAGCUGGGGGAGUGCCUGGCCGGACUGGCCAACUUCACGGCCAUCCAGCAGGAGAUCGAGGAGGCCAGUCCCAAGGGCGACCUGGACAUCGUGUUCGAGAAGUACUGCAAGCGGAUGCCCCAGGCCAAGGCCUGCAUCAACGACUUCAACGCCGCCCUCAUCCCCUGUUUGACCCGCGAGGAGAAGAGCCACAACACCAUGAUGCGGAGGAUCACCGACAAGCUGCUGGACUUUGUCUGCUUCAAGGACGGCGACCAGAUCGCCCUCUUCAUCGCCGAGCAGGGGCCCGAGUGCCUCCACCAGAGUCGGGACGGGAUCGGCAACUGCUUGAACUCCACCUUCGGCGGCUAUCUGCCCAAGGAGCUCGGCCAGAACUGGACCUCCGGCUCCAGUCUGCCCAACUUCGUUCUCGGGCCGAGUCAGUGCCUGGAUCUCUACGAGUUCGAGACCUGCACCGUUAAGAUCCUGGAGAAGUGCGAUAACAUCACGCCCAGCAACCUGGUGGAGUCCCUGUUCCGGUAUGUGAGGCGGGAGUCCUCCUGCCAGUCCUCCAUCGACAAGGCGCGUCGCAGCCGGGCCCUGCCCCUGGGCAGUGAGGAGGUGGGCGUGAAGGGCAGUGCCGGAACUCUCACCUUGGGACUUGGAAGCUUGAUGGUCUUCGUCCUGGCCAGGAUCUUCUAACUCUUGUAGCUCCAGGUCGCUGGCAGGAUCUAAGGAUCAGGAUCUAAUAUUUUUUUUCUAUUUUUUUUUCUCUCUCUCUGUAUUUUUUAAUAAUUAUUUUUAAUAAAUUCUUCUGCCAAGUCGGAAACGGUCUGCUCGGCGGUCUAAGCAGAUUAAAGGAA